GUAAUCAAAGGACGGCAAAAGACAGUGUAUUUCUUCGGAAGAGAAACUACAAUUUGAAAAAAUUUAUAGUUUUAUCAAAUUUUAGGCGAAAAUGAAUGCGCACAAUAUUACACCUCGUGCCAUCUAUGCGCUCAGUGCGCGAACUCAUUUAUCUAACGCCGUCAAUAAAGUCAACCAACAGCGCUCAAUAGCACAAGCUUCAAUUGUUAAAGUGGUUCCAGCACGAUCACAUUUUUCAUUAAAUCAACAGUUACCAAUUAUAAACUCUGGUUUUACACUGUUUUCCAAAAAUUAUUCAACAAAAAUGUCUGGAAAUAAUAAACUUUUAAAUGAAAGCAUCUGCGAAAGCGAUCCUGAGCUGUACACCAUCAUCAAGUCAGAAAAGAAACGCCAAAGCGUUGGCUUAGAAAUGAUUGCCAGCGAGAAUUUCACAUCUGUCGCUGUGCUGGAAUGCUUGAGCUCAUGUCUACACAAUAAAUAUUCGGAGGGUAUGCCUGGCAAGCGCUAUUAUGGCGGCAAUGAGUUCAUUGAUGAAUGCGAACGUCUUGCACAAAAGCGUGCACUUGAAGCUUUUCGUUUAAAUCCAGAAGAAUGGGGCGUAAAUGUACAACCGUAUUCGGGUUCCCCGGCAAAUUUUGCGGUUUACACUGGCCUGUGUCAACCACAUGAUCGCAUUAUGGGUUUAGACUUACCCGAUGGUGGUCAUUUAACACAUGGUUUUAUGACUGCGAACAAACGCAUAUCUGCUACCUCCAUAUAUUUUGAAAGUAUGCCGUAUAAAGUGGACCCACAGACAGGUCUGAUCGACUACGACAAACUGGAGGCGAAUGCCAAACUCUUCAAGCCACGCGUAAUCAUUGCUGGAGUUUCAUGUUAUUCUCGUUGUCUUGAUUAUGCUCGCUUCCGUAAUGUUUGCGAUCAAAAUGACGCCUAUCUCUUUGCCGAUAUGGCGCAUAUUGCUGGUUUGGUAGCAGCUGGCUUGAUUCCAUCACCAUUUGAAUACGCCGAUGUAGUGACCACAACAACACACAAAACCUUACGUGGGCCUCGUGCUGGCGUCAUUUUUUACCGCAAGGGAGUGCGAAAAGUGCUGCCAAAUGGAAAUAAAGUUUUAUAUGAUUUAGAGGAUCGCAUCAAUGCAGCUGUUUUCCCAGGCCUACAAGGUGGUCCACACAAUAACACCAUAGCAGGAAUUGCCACCGCCUUUAAACAGGCACAAUCCAAAGAGUUUGUCGACUACCAACGUCAAGUUAUUGCCAAUGCACGUCAGCUUUGUGAUGGUAUGAUUAAACGAGGCUACAAUGUAGCCACUGGUGGUACUGAUGUCCAUUUAAUCUUGCUCGAUUUACGUAAUAUCGGUUUGACUGGCGCAAAAGCUGAAUAUAUAUUAGAAGAAGUAAACAUUGCCUGUAACAAAAAUACAGUACCGGGUGAUAAAUCAGCUUUGAAUCCAUCUGGUAUUCGUCUUGGAACACCCGCAUUAACUACGCGUGGCCUAGUUGAGACUGAUAUCGAUGCGGUCGUGGAAUAUAUUGAUCGUGCUCUCAAACUAUGCGUAGAAGCGACUAAAAUCUCUGGACCGAAAUUGGUAGAUUUCAAAGAAACUCUAAAGUCUAAUAAGGAAAUAGCUGAAAAGCUGAGUAAUUUACGUUGUGACGUGGAAAAAUUUAGCUCGAAGUUCCCACUGCCUGGUCUUGAAGACCUUUAAUAACUACUAUUAGUACGUAUGAUUUAAGAUAAAAAUAAAAAUAAUAAACCGAAAAUAUAUUUUCAUAUAA